CUACCUCAGAAAUACAGCAUACGCGUUCCAAGGUACUUAUAUUUCAGUGCCCAUAAGUAAAUUACUCACAAUCUUAUGAACGGCACCGUUUUAUAAGUAUAAAACUCAAGAAAUAUCCGACGUGUAAAAUAUUAAUUUUUUCAACAUAUUUAUCUUACAGAAAAUUUAAUUCCAGUUCAUAAUGAACAGUUCAACCGAUCCACGACGUCCUGACAAGGAAGUUAAAUACAAACCAUCAUUAGCAACUAGUCAAGCUCAGCCUGGAGAUGAUUUAACUCCUGACUACAUGAAUAUAUUAGGAAUGAUUUUUAGCAUGUGUGGUUUAAUGAUGCGAUUAAAAUGGUGUGCAUGGGUAGCUUUAUAUUGUUCUUGCAUUAGCUUUGCCAAUUCUAGAAUUACUGAUGAUACAAAGCAAAUUUUAAGUAGUUUUAUGUUAUCUAUAUCUGCUGUUGUUAUGUCCUAUUUACAAAACCCACAACCUAUGACACCACCUUGGGCUACUGCCAUACAAUAAUUUGUUACAUAUGGUUUAACGUAAUCGAGAUCAUUAUUACAAACAAGAUUGCUCCAUUGAAUAUUGAAAUAUGAGAACAGCUACCAAUUAUGAAUACUAUUUUUUGCAAGGAGCUUCACACUAAUGACUUUUAUAAGAUAUUUGUAAAUUUAUGAAUUAAUGCAUUUUAAUGUAAACAUUGCAGAAAUAAAAGUAUCAAUGAUUCCCUGUACAAUA